AUGGCUGAGCCGAGUCGCCCUGCAACUGCUAGAUACCCGCCCUCUCGGCAGGUCCGAGGCACGAGGCUUAAUACUAUAAUUGAGGAUGCGCGAGAAACACAGUUUGCAGACAGGACCGGACGACGCAGUCCAACACACAAUGAGCGAAAAGUACCAGCACCACAGCUCAGGUUACGGACUGCAGGCCUCUCGUCACCGUCUGCGAUGUUGCGCAAACGCAUGUUCUCACCCCUGUCUGCGGGGUCGGUGUCAUCAUGUUCGGAUGUCGACUGGCAGAAUCAGAUGAGGAAUUUUGACGACCUCUACGAUGCGACGGAUGACGAGUCGGAUUUCAGCGACGAGUGCAUGUCCUAUUCGAGUACGCGGCCGACGAGUCUGGCAACGCCGACGACACGAAGAGAUUCUCUCACGUCUCCAGCUGCUCGCAAGCGAUUUCCGACCCUGACCAUCCCGUCGUCGAACCUAUGGCCGUCACUGCACGGUGCCGUCAAGAGCUCACCGGUCCCGCCGACUCCCCCGCAAAAGAUUCCGGUUUCGCCGGCUGCGCUGUCGAUGCUCGCUCGCUCGGUACCCGCAAUGCACGCAACUCCCUCGUUGGACGGUAGUGUGUCGUCGGACCAGGUGUCAAACAUCAGCACACCGUCAACGCCGGACUUGCGUUCUUUGCCAGAUACCGACUGGAACACGCACGAGAUCCACGUGCUCCCGGACCCGGAUGAAGAUCCCGACGAGAUUGCAAACGAGCUUGCCGAGGAGAUACCAAGCAUUGAGCUGGCCAUUGAAAGCGCCGACGAUGACUGGCGUCGCUUCAUCGGCGAGUUUCCACGGAUACCCGGCCAGAUCACUCCGACUGCCGACCAGUUCGAACUCGAGCCUCCGCGAGAGGACACUCCGUCCGAUCGAGGCGUUUCUCUCCCCGAGGGCGCCUUGGCGACGCUGCAGUUUAUCCCGCUUGAGGGCACGCCGGAGCCCUGGUCGGAGACCUCGGAAGACGACGAGGAGAUGUGGCAGCUCUCUGCACCGCCACCACCGCGUCGCCUCGACGAUGAAACGCCAGUUUCGGAGCUGUCAGAGUAUAGCUUCAGUGGCCUAAGCAUUCCGUCACCUGGGGGGUUCUUCAACUCACUCGGUGCUCGAGCGCGGCACACCUGGUCCAUUCCAAGAUCCAAUCUCCCACCGACGUCUGCUACAGCGGAGAGGUUCUACAACCUUCCGUUCCCCCGCGCUGAAGGUGAAAUCGUCGAGCGCGUCCUUGAUCUGCCUGAGCGAUCAAACGAGGAGCAGCUGACGGCGAUAUACGCCCCGCCGACUGCCAUCAGGAUCCCCGAGAGUCCGGCACACCCACCGACAGAGGGUUCGCUGAGCCCGGUUAGUGAAGGUGUUCAAGAACUUUCUCGGCCAGUCACGACAUAUGAUCCCGACGAGCAGGACGAGGACUAUGCAGAGGAACUACGCGAGAAAGCGCUGUCCAGCCUCGAUAGGACCAGCGUCUGGCUGGCUGCCCAGGCUUCGUACCUCGCCGCCCUCCGCGAAACCAACCCAGUCAACGAACUCGAGGAACAAGACGAGCCAGCCGAUGCUCCUGACGUGAAGAGUCCGCAACAGACGUCUCCACAUAUUGAGCGGAAGCAGUCCGUCCGCAUUUCCGAGGCAGUGCCCGAUGCUCCUAGUUCUCUUCCAGGUUUGCUGGCGAGCAAGGACUCGAUUUACUGGCGCGGGUUCAAGUUCCUCCUGGACCAGUCGCGGAAUCGGGAUACGUUCGUGCACCGCGCAACCCGCUUCGACGCUGUCCAAUCCACCCGCCUGGGACUGUCCGACCUGCACAACAACUGUCUGAUGGGCAAAUACGAGGUGGUCACGCCGAAGCGCCCGGCAUACAGCGGGCCGUUCUCGCAGGCUCCCCGGAAUUCAAUCCUCCCGACAGUCCUCGCCGAAAAGGCCCAGUUCUCCAUGGUCGAGAAGGAACAGUUGGUUCUUUCUCAGAUCAGUCAGCCGAUGUGGGCCAUGGAAGCCUUGAGGUACCUGUACGGCGGGAACCUCGUCUCCAGCCCAGUCCGCGAGCGUCUCACAAAGCGCAGCAGCACGAACACAAGCACAAGCACCGCCGCGCCCAAGAAACCCAAGCGGCGCCAGAUCCGCGUCCUCGACCUCGGCGGCCACGCCACAGCCGAGUGGGCCUGGCACCUCGCGCACGACUAUCCGGACAUCAAGGUAUACACCGCAUACACCUCGCACCAACAGGUCAACAACGCGAUCAAAGGCCCGCCGAACCACAAGCACAUCCAAGUGCCGAGUCUGUGGAAACUGCCCUUCCCCGACAACAAAUUCGACGUCAUCUCCGCGCGGUCACUGCCAGCCUUUCUCAAAACCGAGCGCCCGGCCGGCGAAUCCCUCGACGAGUACGACCUCUGCCUCCGCGAGUGCCGACGGUGCCUGAAACCCGGCGGGUUCCUUGAAUUCCUCGUCAUGGACGCGGAAAUCUCGCGCGCGGGACCCUACGCGUCUGCCACCUCCAUCGAGUUCUCCUUUAACCUCAAGAUCCGCGGAUACGACCCCGUCCCGACGAAAGGGUUCUUGAACCGUCUGCGGAAGCAGGACUUUGUCGGCAUCAAGCGCGGCUGGCUCUGCCUGCCCAUGGGCACAGAGCCACAGAAGCCCGCGCCGCCGCGCGAAACUCCCGAUCCACGGGUCAAGAGUCUGAUCGAGGACUACGAGGCCGUGCAGGGUCCGCUGGGGAGCACGGCGGAUGUCGCGUCCGUGACGGGGUUGCUGGGCGGCUGGGUGUGGGAGCAGUGGCUGCUCAAGCUGCAGAUGGAGAUGGGCCGGGAUAAGAGUAAGCUGCUCGAGGGGAUUGGGAGCGUCUUUGACGAGGGGAGGAAGACUGGGUCCGGCUGGACGUGUUUGUCGGGGUGGGCUAUGAAGCCGUUGAAGGCGUCAAGUUCGAACCCGCGCGAGCGCCCAUGCAUCGAUUAA